ACCUAUGAAUUAAAAAGAAAAACCUUUCUUUUUAAAUAGUUCUGAAUGUUUAUAGAUUUGCAUGUAUUUGUAUGUACACACAUACAUACAUAGAGGCGCUCAGAAACACAAAUAGUUCUCUCUAUCUAUUUAUGUAUCGUUCGAUUAUCUAUUAACGUUUCUUAAUUCGUGCGUGUAUAUAUGCACAUAUACACACGACACACAUGCUCAUGGGUCUAUCUAUCUUUUGCUUGGAUGGAACUCCACCAGCAUACCAUCUUGAUAGAGGUUCUGGUACAGGAUUGAAGAAUUGGGUAAUAUCACUUGAGGGAGGUGGAUGGUGCCAAAAUGUUACUCAUUGUCUUCAAAGGAAGAAUACUCACUUGGGAUCUAGUGCAAAAAUGGGUAAACAAAGUGCUUUCUCAGCAAUGAUGAGUAAUGAUCCCAAGUAUAAUCCAGAAUUUUACAAUUGGAAUAGAGUUUCUGUCAGAUAUUGUGAUGGAGGAUCCUUUACAGGAGAUGUUGAAGCAGUUGAUCCUGGUACUGGACUUCAUUAUCGAGGGGCAAGGAUAUACAAAGCUAUUAUGGAGGAAUUAUUGGCUCAAGGAAUGAAUACAGCUCAAAAUGCUAUACUCUCUGGAUGUUCAGCUGGAGGAUUGGCAACAAUUUUGCAUUGUGACAACUUCAGAGCCCUACUACCAAAAAGUGCUAAAGUUAAAUGCUUUUCAGAUGCUGGUUAUUUUGUUGAUCUCAAGGAUAUUACAGGGAAAGCAUAUAUUGAACAGUACUUCAAUGAUGUUGUUACUUUACAUGGCUCCGCCAAGAAUUUACCUCCAUCAUGUACUUCAAAGUUGAAACCAAGUUUGUGCUUUUUCCCUCAAAAUGUGGCUCAACAAAUUCAAACGCCACUUUUCAUUAUAAAUGCAGCUUAUGAUCAUUGGCAGGUAAGAAACAUCUUGGUCGCUCCUGGUGCUGAUCCUAAGGGUACCUGGACAAGUUGCAAAGCUGAUAUAAAAAAUUGCACAUCAAGUCAGCUCAAAGUUCUUCAAGUUUUCAGAGAUAAAUUUUUAAAGACAUUGGAAGGGCUAGGCCCAUCUUCAACAAGAGGAUAUUACAUCAACUCUUGCUUUUCACAUUGCCAAACUCAACAACAAGUUUAUUGGUUUGGUCCGAAUUCACCUAGAUUAUUCAACAAGACAAUAGCUGAAGCUGUACAAGAUUGGUUUUUGGACAGACAUUUAUUUCGACAGAUUGAUUGCCCCUAUCCUUGUGACAAAACAUGUGUUGACGAAGCCACUUACAUAAUUAGUUCAGAAGAUAUAUAAUUAUAGAGGAUAUGUAUGUCUUUUUUAUAGAAGUUUUUGACAUUGGUAGAGGGGAUUUAUAAUGAUAUAUUAGAAGGACAAAUUCUCUGAUUAAAUGAAUUGUGUCAUCAUAAAAAUGAUCAAUUUAUAAAUGAGGUUGUUUUCAUAA